CACAACUCCACGUCACACACCUCACAGAGCUGCAGCAGCAUCAGCUGCCACCUCCUGCCUCUCCUCCUUCCUUCCUGCCUGCAUAGGUUGCUACACGUAUAUAUUCUGAAGAAGAGAUCGAGAUGACCAGCGUGUGGAAGACCAAGGUUCUGCCUGGCCUCAACAAGAUCUUUGACAAGGAUGGCAAGAAGGCUGCAGCUGCAGGCUUCUUGAAGUCCUUCAACAAGGAGGAGUUUGACAAGGAGAUUGAGGACAAGAAGACAGAGCUGGAGCCCAAGGUCGUGGAGGCCUACGAAGCAUCUCCUCCUGAGGUCAAGGCUCUCUUCAAGGAUAAGAAGCCAGUCAAGGUCAGCAAGAAGAACUCGGCUGCAGUCACCAAGUUCCUCGAUGAGCUGGCUAAGAUUGACUUCCCUGGAGCCAAGGUGGUGAGCGAGGCGGUGGCCAAGUCCGGCACCUCGCCCCUGCUUCCGGCGAUCACCUUCAUCUUGGACAAGGUCGCACCGUUUAUCCCCAAGGAGGAGCCCAAGGAAGAGCCGGCGGCGGAGGCCACCUCCCGGGAAGUCGCCGUGGAGGAGAAGAAGGAGGAGGCCGAGCCAGCUGCAGCGACGGAGGCGGCACCGGCGCCGGCAGAGACACCGUCGGAGGCGGCGGUGGUAGAGGAGAAGAAGGAAGAAGAGAAGAAGGAAGAGGAGGAUAAGCCGGCUGCCGAAGAGGCGGCGCCGCCAGCAGCAGCUGCUGCUGCUGCUGAGGAGAAGUGAUCCUGUCGACGGAUCGAGCAUGCAAAGCGCUCCCUCCUCGCUCCCUUGCUUGCUGCUGGUAAAUUAAAUUAAGUUGCCGUGAUACUUAAGCGUAGCCGCACGGAGUGAAAAGUUAUCAAGUAAAAGCAGACAAACACUUGGCAUGCAUGGACAUUAAUUUGUUAUUCUUUGUACCGUCGUCGUCUCGAUGAACCGCGUGUACAUUUGUAGUGUGGGGUUUUCUUUGUUUCCGAUUUGGGGGUGAUCAUUACAAGAAUGUGUAAUUAUUUAUGUUCAUAUGUUUGUUGAUGAUGGAAGGACAUAUUUAAGAAGACAACUCUUUUGUGUAUAUAUAUUUCUUGUUAUUUUCAAAGGAUUAAAGUGGAU